AUGCAGUUUCUCUCAAUCGCAGCUCUCGUCUCUGCGGCAGCGGCGGCCGCGGCCUCGCAGUGCGGACUGAAGAAGCUGGAGAACUUGGUAACAUUUGGCGACAGCUACACUGACGAGAUGCGCCUAAGCUACUUCGCUAGGAACAACGGCAGCGCUCCGCCCCCGGGACUUCGACUUGGGGAAUCCAACUCGACAGCGAGCGGCGGAUAUGCUUGGGGUCGUUUCGUCGCCAAGGCCACAGACGCGAACUACAACAACUAUGCCGUGGCUGGAGCUACCUGUUCUAACGAGAUCAUCUCACGAGAAUUCGCUACCAUCAACCAGCCGUUCCCGUCAGUGAUGGACUACGAGAUACCGGCUUACAAGGCUGACAUCGCAUUCGAAUCUCUAUACCCCAACAGACAGGCGAACAACACGGUCUACGCGUUGUGGAUCGGAACCAACGACCUGGGUUAUGGUGCCUUCCUGACAGACUCGCAGGCUCCCGGAACGACCAUUUCCACGUAUGUGGACUGCAUCUGGGAGGUGUUUGACAACAUUUACGAGACAGGAGGCCGUCACUUCGUCCUCCUGAACCUGGCACCUCUGGAGGAGUCUCCUUUGUACGCAGCAGUCGAAGGUGGAGGCUUUGGAGACAGCCAGUUCUGGCCGAACAAGACGCUUUACAACACGACGGAAUACCAGUACAAAAUGCUCGAGUCCACCACGAAUGUCAACACCAUGUUUGACUACGGGGCGCCAUUUCACCUGCUCGUCAAGAAGAGGUGGCCCGGAGCGAGCUUUUCCAUCUUCGACGUCCACAGUCUGCUGCGAGACAUCCACGCGGAACCAUCCAAGUACCUGCCUCCGCCGGCGAACGUGACGGGCACAUACAGGGUCUGCGAUCCGGUUACGCGCGAGUGCGUCGACUCUUCGGAACCAAUGGCGGGGUUCUUGUGGUACGACGAGCUGCACCCUUCGGAGCGCGCAGACGAGAUUAUAGCCCAGCAUUUCGUUGAUGUUGUCUUCGGGAACUCAACAUACGGUACGACAUAUGCGGCCUAG